AAGCAGCAAGCAGGAGGAAUUACUCCAGGAGAAACUACUGACAUACUGUAAAGAUGGAGUUUGAGGAAGAAACCUGCAUAAUAAAAGAUGAAGAUACAGAGGAACAAACAAAUGAAGAUGGAAACAGAUUUGUUAUACAGACUAAAAAGAGUUUCACACAAAAACAAUCUGGAAAAACUGGAGUCAAAGGAUCUUUCUCCUGCUCUGACUGUGGAAAGAGUUUCAGACAUAAAGGAGACUUUAAUGAGCACAUGAAAUAUCAUACUGGAGAAAAACUGUUUACAUCCACUCAGUGUGGAAAGAGUUACGGACACAAAUCAAACCUUAAUAGACACAUGAGAAUUUACACUGGAGAGAGGCCUUAUACAUGCACUCAGUGUGGAAAAAGUUACAUUUACAAAGGACACCUAACUCAGCACAGGAGAAUUCACACAGGAGAAAAACCAUUCACAUGCACUCAAUGUGAAAAGAGUUUCAGGUACAAAAACUUACUCAAAGAUCAUCUGCGCUCUCACACUGGAGUGAGAUCGUUCAGCUGUGAUCAGUGUGAUAAAACAUUUGUUUUUUCAUCAAUCUUAAGAACACACCUUAAAACUCAUGCUGCUGUGAAGUCUCAUGUCUGUUCUUUAUGUGGAAAGAGUUUUUUACAACUGAGCUAUUUAAAAGAGCAUGAGCGUAUUCAUACUGGUGUGAGACCUUAUAUGUGCUCUGACUGUGGGAAGACCUUCAUUACAUCGGACAAAUUAAAAACACACCAGAGAAUUCAUACUGGAGAGAAACCAUACAAGUGCUCACACUGUGGAAAGAGUUUCUCUCAGUUAGGACACCUGAAAGAUCAUGGGAGAAUUCAUACUGGAGAGAAGCCGCACCAGUGCUCUUCAUGUGGGAAGAGUUUCACUCAAUUAUCUAAUCUACGGACUCACAACAAAAAGUAUUGCCCGAAGUUGUCUAAGUGA